UAAGCAAGGUAGGCUGCUGAGUCACUGGACACACAAGUGGACAAUUUCAGUGACCUCCAGAUAGCACUGAUGGUUCUUGAAUUGUUCUGACAGAGCAGAUCGUAGAGCUCUGUCUCUUAUGUCUUCCCCUUUUAAGUUUGUUUGGAUGAUGUUUUGAUGAACUUUUGGGUCUGGAUCUCAGCUGGUCUUAGAACACAGUAGGACUUUAUUCUGAAAGUUUCUAAACAAAUUCUGGACUUCAAUAUUUUUCAAGGUAAAGUCUCUUCUGAGAUCUAAAUUCUCAAAAAUACUUCAGAUCUGCUUUGUUAAAAAUGGACAGUGAGCCUGGUGGUGCAGGGAAUCAGCUUCUCCAUGUUGACAUCCAUAUUGAUCAGCUGGAACCUCGUUGUGGAAUCCUGGACCUCCUGAGAAGACUUCGUCCUCAUUGGAAAGCGCAGGACAUUCAGAUGAAG